AUGCUGAAGGAGCGAGGCGAAGAGCUACCCCCAGCGAAUCACCCUCCCAAAACCCGCCAUAACCCUCAACCCGACGAAGAAGGUACAUCACCCACCCAGAAAGCAAGCGAAACCCAAGCGCACAACAACGAAAACCAUUCCAGUCCAGGCAGUCAACAAAGCCCACAAGAUGACUAUCCUGAUUUCGAACAGCACGAGAUGAACACGAAUAGUCCUCGUUUCUCAAACGGUGAUGCAGAAAGCGCGGGCUCGCCAUCUAUGCUACCACCUCCAAAGAAAGAUGGUAUGGUCAACCGUCUCCUCUCUACUCGAGGCCAUCUUAGCUUUGAUCAGUUGAACGGCCGCCUCCGCUACUUCGGUCCAACAACAAACUGCCAUGUACAUUCUGAGUCGGUCAACCCCUUCGGCGCAACACAAGAGAUGAAUGAGCAGGCUCGACGCGCCGACAAGAUCAUCCGCUCUCUUCCACUGGAAACAUACGACUAUCUCAUGGAUCUGUUCUGGCAAUGUUACAACCCAGUCAUCCAUGUUUUGCAUCAAGAUGCUUUCAACGAAGACCGCGAGAUGGGCCAUACACAGUUCUAUUCUGGGUUCCUGCAUGUCUGUGUUCUGGCCAUGGGUUACCGUUUCGCAAACAAGGAAAGGCUCGACAUCAGAAGAAUCGGUUUACCGGGCAUGGAGAGCACGUUACAUCGCGAAGCAAAGUAUAUGCUUGAUCAUGAGCUGGAAAGACCGGGCGGAAUACCGAGCGUAGUUGCAUUACUUCUGCUAGGCGACCUCGAGUGCGGCGUCGGUAGAGAUAACCUGGGCUGGAUGUACGGCGGGAUGGCUGUGCGACUUGCUUUCGAUAUCGGUCUCCACCUCGAUACACGACUCUCAGGUCUUCCAGAACGCGAGGUCGAGAUCCGCCAAAUGACUCUUUGGGCAUGCGUCAUCUACGACAAAUACUGGGCACUUUUCUUGGGCCGGCCGACCUCGAUGAAGCCUUCCGAUCUCGAAAUAUACAACUUGACAAAGCAAUUUGAGCGCCUUGGCACCUGUCGACCGGCUGGACUGGGGAAGAGCAUGGAGACCAUGAUCUAUGAAGCACUCCUCGAUCUUAUGGAGCUCGCAGGAAAGAUCACCGAGAAUAUGGAUCCGCAUCGCUCCCAAAACGCUUCCUCCGACUCACACACCGCCGUGGAUCGGAAUCAGUAUAUGCGCAUGGCAGCGCUGGACCGCGAGUUCAGCAGUUGGUACGCUAGACUACCUGAGCAACUGCGCUGGACACCAGCCAACAUUGCGACUGCCCCAUUCUCGUUCUUCUUGUUGCAUCAGCAGUAUCACUCCAGUCUGAUCUUGCUACACCGACCGUUCGCCAUGUAUGAAGACCAAGCGGGCAACGAGAGUGGCCCUGACGACCAUUUCUCCGCGUUGAGUAGGACAGUAUGCACUAAGCAUGCUAUUCGCGUAGCAAGGAUAUACUGGCAACAUCGACAGCGAUUCGAUACGAAGCAGAUAUUCGUUACAGGCAUGCAACACGCGGGCACAGCGGCGACUGCACUCGUAGCAGCGUUGGCGUUCAUAAAAGACCCCACUUCCAGAGCCAACAACAUGCAGUACCUCGAAUGUCUAUCAGCCGCGCUUUCCGACAUGGCAUCCACCUAUCAACCUGCGGAACGGAUGUCUACCGUACUCCGUGCGGUGAUGGUAGAGCUACGCGGCGGCCCCGAGCCCCCCAACUCUUCGUUCAACUUGUACAAGCCCGCAUCCUCGACAGUACCCGCGCGAAGAGGCAGCACCAUAGAUAUGGACGCCGACAUGAACGACAACCAGCAGCGGAAACAGAAAGACGAGAACGAUGAGUAUGAGUACUACAAUGAGUAUGCCAUCUGA